UAAGAAAAGGAAAGGCAUCAGGAGAAGGAAAGUAGGAGGAACAAAAGGCACGUAUUUAAAGAGCACAAACAGGAAAGAGGUGUGUUAGAGACACUUUGGGAAGUGGACACAAAGCCGGAGACAAGUUUAUCAAGGUCUCAAGGCUUCAGAUUUGCUUUUCCCCUGCUCCCUGCCGGGCUGUUUUUCAACUUUCUGAGACCCGUGGCUAUUUUGGUCUGUCAGUGUUGGAGCGGUUUGGGAUGGAUGCCAUCAUGCUGCAAGAAAAACUGGUGGAACGUCUGCUGUGCCCACGAGUGAGAACAGCCAGGCAGAAGGAGAAACAGUAUGUGGGUUUUGCAACUCUGCCCAACCAGGUCCACAGGAAGUCUGUGAAGAAAGGCUUCGAUUUUACACUGAUGGUUGCAGGAGAGUCUGGUAUGGGUAAAUCCACUCUGGUCAACAGCCUGUUCCUCACAGAUCUCUACAAAGACAGGAAGUUACUGAAUGCUGAAGAGCGCAUCAACCAAACUGUGGAGAUCAUCAAACACACUGUAGACAUUGAGGAGAAAGGAGUCAAGCUCAAGCUGACCAUCGUGGACACGCCAGGGUUUGGAGAUGCUGUCAACAACAACGAGUGCUGGAAGCCGAUCACAGACUACAUAGAUCAGCAGUUUGAGCAAUACUUCAGGGAUGAGAGUGGACUGAACAGAAAAAACAUCCAGGACAACCGAGUCCACUGCUGCCUCUACUUCAUCCCACCAUUUGGGCACGGGCUGCGUCCAGUUGACGUGGAGUUCAUGAAGGCGCUGCAUGAAAAAGUGAACAUAAUUCCACUCAUCGCAAAAGCUGACUGCCUCACACCCAACGAAAUAAAAAAGCUCAAAGACAGAAUACGAGAGGAAAUAGACAAGUUUGGGAUCAAAGUGUACCAGUUCCCCGAAUGUGACUCCGAUGAGGAUGAAGAGUUUAAACAACUUGACAAAGAGCUGAAGGAGUGCACCCCGUUCGCUGUGAUCGGCAGUAACACGGUGGUGGAGGCUCGCGGGCAGAGAGUCAGAGGGAGACUGUACCCCUGGGGAAUUGUUGAAGUGGAGAACCAGUCGCACUGUGACUUUGUGAAACUGAGGAACAUGCUGAUUCGUUCACACAUGCACGACCUCAAAGAUGUGACCUGCGACGUCCACUACGAGAACUACAGAGCGCAGUGCAUACAGGAGAUGACCAGUAAACUGGCUCAGGACAACCGUAUGGAGAGUCCCAUCCCCAUCCUGCCGCUCUCCACUCCAGAUGUGGAAACUGAGAAACUCAUCAAAAUGAAAGAUGAGGAGCUGAAGAGGAUGCAAGAGAUGCUGAACAAGAUGCAGCAGCAGAUGCACGACAAAGAGCAGUGAUGUCUCUGGCAGCAGAGCUGGGCUGCAGCGCCACCUGCUGUUUUUCCCUCUGAGACCUUCAGACAAUAAACAUGGAUAUCACGUGUUAGUGGCAACUCUGGCUGUACAUUUACCCUCAGUUUGGUGCUUUGUAUAGUUUGUCUGCCUGGACGGUUCUCUGUCAGAGCAUUUUUUUUUGUUUCUGAAAAUAUCCUUUUGCCCACUUUGAGCCUCUCGCUGUGGUUUAACAGUCUUAAAAUAUAUAAUAUAAAUGUGUAAUUUAAAUUACUACUCAGUGUAUCUAAUUUAUAAAUGCAAUGCUAAACUUUUUGGAUAUUUUGUCAGGGUAACAUGUGUGCUACAAGAUGUUUUGUAAAAAAAAAUUAAGCUUGUCGGUGACGUUAAGAUUUAACUGAUAUUGUUUUUUUAUUAUGUGUUUGUGAGUGUGUGUUUGGAUGCGUGAGUAUUUCUUGAGAUUUCCUCGAGGUUUCCGUCCAUAAAACCCUCUUUUAUCCACAGUGACUUUACUUUUUGUUGAAAUACAACGUUUGCUCUUGUUAAUUUGCUCUUUUUGA